AUGGGCGUGUGCCAAUUUGCCAAUGGGCCUAAAUGCAUUUUAUGCCUUUGUUCCGUGGCCGUGCUCGACGCGAUCGUCUCUAAUAACGAUUUUGGUCAGUCUGUUUGGCACAGUUUGUCACAGUUCACGUGUCUGUUCGCCCAUACACCUCACACAAUUGUGCCGAAAGAGCUACAUAACAAUCCGCCACGUCCCCGCCACACAAUCACACAUUUCAGACGGUCACAGGGCAGAUGUGACUUGUCGGGCGAGCCAGGCCUCGCCAAAUCACAUUUUCAUAAUGGGAUUGUCGAUGGUGCAAACAAGUAUUUAUCAUUGUAA